AACAGUAUAUAACUCCCUCCCCGUUCCCUGGGAAUGCACUCUCUCAGUCACUCACUCACACUCAAAAGCUCUUUGACAUUUAUCUCAAACAACAAUCUUUGUCUUAUAACCACUCCUUGAACAACUCAACUUAUACACUUACAAAGUAAACAACACUUGCUCUCCAAGAUGAAGGUCACUCUUCAGCUCAUCACUGCCUCCCUUGCAGUCUCUGUCGCAGCCCACCCUCAAAACGGACCCGGCGGUAGAAAGCCCAGCAGCACCACCACUGCUGCCGCUGCAUCUUCGACAACUGCCGCUCCCGGCCGAGGAGCCAUGUCUUCUCUGCCCUUCCUGCCAACCUGGCUCUUCAGAGACUCCAACGCCAACAAGUGCAUCAGCACUUACAACAACUGCUUGAUCACAAACUCGUCCAACCAAUCAGCAUGCGCUUCCAACUACGCAGCAUGCAUUAAGGGCGGAUCUUCUACUACCGGCUCUGCCACAUCAGCUCAGACAGCUACUACAACUGUUUCAAGUGCCGGCGGUCCUCCUACUCGCACCUUUUCUCGACCCUCCGUCUCUGGUCUUGCUCAGUGGUGGAGAAACGAGCAGAGCAUCCGACGAUGCAACUACGCCUACUACGUAUGCCGCAGAAAGUCUGGAUCCACUCAGACAUCUUGUGCUUCUGACAGAACUGCCUGCAUAGCUUCCGCCAGCGCCACUGGAAGCGCCACCGCUGCGCCUACCAGUAUUCCUACCAGCAUCCCAACCAGCGCAGCGACUACCACUGCUACUGGAUCAGCAGCUAUAUCAUCGGCCUCUUCUUCUUCGACUACUGUUGUCCCUGCAGGCACUGGUGCUGCUGAUGCCGAUGCUCCUCUCAACUCUGACGAUCCUUCCUUUGACGACGCGAACUACGAUGCUGAUACUGCGUAAAUUUGUCAAAAACGCACGUCAAUGUUAAAACACAACACAUCAAGCAAAAUUUUCAUUACUCUCAAUUGGAUUCCGAAUACCUAAGUCUACUGGGAAGACUUCCCGUAUUUCCAUCACCUGGCAUCGCACAUUGGUGCUACAACAUUCCCUUAGUAAUAUUGAUAGGCAGUUACUACUGUACUUUAAUGCAAAGAGCUAGAGUACAUCUUAGACAAAGAAUCAUAAAGUUGUUUGCCAGUAAGA